CAAAUGCCCCAACUACUGCUUGGGUGUCAGAGAAGCGUCAGACAAAAUAAAAAUAUAAGAAAAUACCGGUUAAAUAUUUAAAGAGUGUGUUUUACAAAGUGCUAAGUUAAGAAAAAAAUAUUUGUUAAACAAAUAUUGAAAAAAUUAAAUUUCAUUAAAAAUUGCAAUGUUUUAAUUGUAUGCAAAUUAAAAAAGAAAACAACAACAAACUUAGUUUUGCAAAAUAAAAAUUGUUUGCAUCAAAGCUCAGUGCAAAACUUGUUUUACUGGUCUUGGUGCUUGCGUAGCAGUGAAGCCGUGUGUCCGAUUAAGUGAAAUAAAUAAAUUCUUCUUUUUUUGGGGGAAACCACCAAAGCCAAUUUAAUAACAUAAUUUCACUCCUCCCCAACAUCUGUGAUCCAUCCACACCGAAAAAAUGGCAACAAAAGAAAGGGAAGAUGAAUACAGCAAAAUAAUGCCGACGACAAAAUUCAAUUAUCAAAUCGUACCGACAGCAAACGGCAACAAUAACAACAACAAUGGCAUCGAGACAACGGAUAUCUAUCGGCAAAAGCAGUGCGACAAUGAACACGACCACAAAACAAUUAAACGGGGUAUUUACCACCAGAUUAUUUCCACAUGUGCCGUACUGGUGUUAUCAGCCGCUUGCGGUAUGCCCAUUGGUUAUUCAGCAGUAUUAUUACCUCAGCUAACGGUGGGAGGAAGUGCCACCACAAAUUCCACACCAGAAAUUGUGAUAGACAUUGAAAUGGGUUCAUGGAUUGCCAGUGUACACAGUUUGGCAACCCCGGUGGGUUCAUUUAUCUCUGGACCCAUGGCCGAUUACAUUGGACGACGUUCCACGCUAUUGGUGUCGGUGAUACCAAUAUUUGUGGGCUGGAGUGUUUUGGCCUUGUCACAGUCCUAUCCCAUGCUGUUGAUAGGACGUCUAUUGUGUGGCUUUGCCACCGGUAUUUUGGGUGGACCCGCUCAGGUCUAUAUUGCCGAAACGGCCGAACCAAAUCUUCGUGGCCUGUUAAUUGGUGCCCCCUUUGUUUCCUAUUCCCUGGGUAUUCUCAUCGUUUAUGCCUUGGGUUCGGCGCUGCAUUGGAGAGCCGUGGCUUGGUGUGGAAAUGUAUUACCAGCUCUGGCAGCCUUAGCCAUUUUCUUCAUACCCGAAAGUCCUGCCUGGUUACUGCGACAUAAAAAGCUGGAGAGAGCCCGUAAGGCAUUGACAUUUUUACGUGGCAACGAUAUAAUGGCCCAAAAGGAAAUGAAUGUCAUGGCCGAAAGAUUGGAAAAGGAGAAGGCCACCACCAAGACCAAUGAGAACAUAUUCCAGCUAUGCUGCCAGCGGGUUGCCAUCAAACCAUUGGUGAUUGUUAUUAUAUUUUCAUUCCUACAAAUUGCUUCGGGUACCUUUAUUGUGGUCUUCUAUGCAAUUGAUAUCAUUUCGGAAUUUGGAGCCGGUUUUGAUCCCAAAGAGGCCGCCAUAUGGACGGCAGUCAUAAGAAUGUGUUGUACCCUAAUAUUUUGUAUUAUUUUAUUAUUUAUCAGAAGAAGAUUGAUUUUGAUAUUGUCGGGUAUUGGCUCGGGUCUAAGCUGUUUGGUUUUAAGUGGUUAUAUGUUUGCCCGCGAGGGACAACCAAAGGGUGGAGCCGAUGUUAUUGUGGCCGGUGUAUGUUUAAUGGCAUACAUUGCUUUCAACACUUCGUUGAUGGUUAUGCCGGGCAUUAUGAUUGGUGAGCUGUUUCCAGCAAAGAUUAGAGGACGUACUGCGGGAGCUGUCUUUGCUGCCAUGAAUGUGGCCCUCUUUGGCUUUACGAAAAUGUUCCCAAUGAUUCAUAUGAAUAUUAGCAUGAAGGGAGUGUUCAUAAUAUUCGGCGUGGCCAGUAUUUUGGUGUCAGUAUUCAUGUACCUAUUCCAACCCGAAACCAAGGGACGUACAUUGGAACAAAUUGAAGAUUAUUUCAAUGAAAACAAUUGGCUAUGGUUUAAGAGAGAUAAAACUUAUAAAAUGGUACCCACCAAGGAUCAGGAAGAAAUUAAUAAGGCGUGAGAAGAUGCUUGAAAGAGUAGGGAAUAAAAUCUUCUGAUUCCCAUUUGUGUAAAUAAACCAUAAAAAACCUCGCCUACUUCGCUACUUUUUCACACCCCGAGGCCAUUUAUAAAUUUGGGGAAAUUUCCGAAAUAAUCUCGUAAAGAUUAUGUGCAAUCCAAAACACUACUUAGUUACGUAAAUUUUAGUAGGACUUUUUAUGUAUAGAAAGGAUAUUAGAAUAAAUGUCCCAUUAUUGUAAUCGAGGAAGUCGAAUGUCAAGUGAUAUUUAUGACUGCAAAAUGAACUCUUCUCUCAUCAGCAAUUAAAACACACAUUUGUUGAUGUUUCGAUUCAAACAUAGCCCAAUGGAGUCUAGUUAAUAAUGAAAAUAUCAAAACUAAGUUGAGAUCGAAAUUAUGUUAUGUUAACGUCAUGAAUAUCGUUUACAUUGGCAGCCCUCCUUAAGCAGUAACACAAUGAAGCUUAUCCUCUAAGCGGUAUACGGGAACAAAACACAUUCACAAAUUUAUUUAAACAAGGUUUCCCUUAACCGCCAGCAGCGUUGUGUUUCUGUCUUACGAGGUUUUUACAUUUUUCAGAAUUGAAUUGAAAACGUCGUUAACAUUUGCUUAAGCUGAAACACAAUGAAGCUAACCCUCUGGGCAAUAAAGGGGUACAAAACACACCCAAAAAUCUUAUUGAACAAGAUUUUCAUAACAUUUUGCAAACAAGCCGCCUAUAGUAGCAGAUUCAUCGUGUUUCUUCUUUAUGAGCCUUUUAAAUAUUUGAGAAAAAAUAUAUUUCCCUCAUUCAUUUUUGCAUUUAAAUCACAAAACUUGUUUAGUGUUGUUAUAGUACUUUAUAUUAAUAAUCGUGUAAACGGUUGUUGUUUUAAAAAAUUUUAGCCGUCUUUAUGAUCUGUUACCACAAAUAUAUAUUUGUUAAUGUAACAAACUUUUACUGUAUAUAAGUAUAUUAAACAUUGUGUCAUAUAAGUUUUAAUUGUAAUGUAUUGUGAUCAUUUUUAAUUCCAAUUUAUUUUAUAUGUAUGUACAUGUUUUUACAU